CACCAAUCCGCAGAAAGGGCAAUCUCGGCCGCCGACAAAGGGCGCGCCACAAGAACGUUCGAGUCAUUCUUGCCUGCGAGCCGGUCGCCCACUGUCGUCUGCUUGGUCAUGGCUCCGUGCGCCCACGAUGACGUGUCCUCGAUGCUCUCGGUGGGCCUCCGCGGCGACGCGACUGCUGCCUUUGUGCACGCGCUCACCAACAAGCCCGUCUGUCGCCGGCUCGCACCGUGGCGUCACACCCACGUGCACAUCUACCGCCACGGCGGCGCGCUCCAGGCCCGUGCUGGUGGUCGGCCCGUCGACGCCCUCCACGAUGAAAACGGACGCCACUGGACUCGCGUGCGCUCGGUGAGCCUUGUCGACGACCCGCAUUUGCUCCUGCCCCUCCAAGCCGCCCUCGUCGUACCGUCGGAGAAGGACCUGGCGCUGCGCCAGCUGUGCACGCUGCCGACGCCGACCUGGAACACCACCGAGGCGCCGCAGAUGCGCGUCUUGCAGUCGUUCGACCCGAACCCAACGGGCGCCGCGUCCGCGACGCUGCGCGGCGGUGUGGCCGUUGGUGCCAUCACCCACGGCGUCUUGCGCGUCGACGAUAUUGUCGAGCUCCGCCCAGGACGCUUCGUCCGUGAUGUGUCGAGCGGGCGACUUCGUUGCACGCCGCUACGCACGCGGAUCACUGCACUCAAGGUAGCGAGCACGGCCGUCGACGAGGCCGGCCCGAGCGCGCUCGUUCGCAUCGCGACGACGCUCGACCCGACGCUGACGCGCGCGCACCGUCUCAUGGGACAAGUCCUUGGUCUUCCCGGGACGCUGCCACCCAUCUACAUGGCGCUCACUGUCGUCAUGGACGUGGGUUCUCGCUUAAUGUGUACCAAGGACGUUGUGCGGGUUCACAUCGGCGCCACGACGGUCGACGCCACAGUUCUGUCGGUCGCUGGUGAUGGCGUUCAGCUAACGCUCGCCGCGCCUGUGUGUGCCCACGUGGGCGAAACCAUUGUGCUCACGCGCCGACAUCACGCCCGGUGGCGCACGCUCGGUCAUGGAACGCUGGCGGAUGGCGAGUACGCCGAUAUGACUGUCGCCUGACUCGCACGCGCCUCCUGUUGUAGUAUGUGCAAAGUCAUGUGGACGAUAAGACAAGCAACACGAUGGCGCGUCGAUCUAUGGAGUGUAUUCUUUGUUACUGCGAGCUUACUGGGCAUCAAUGGCAAGUGGUGUCAGUGCGGCGUCCCACGAGAC